AUAAUUCGAUUAUCGAGCUCACUUUCCAAACCCUUUCCCUUCCAUGGAGGGUAAAAACAAGUGGUGAAGAAAAGAUUAGCUUUUUAGAGAGGCGUAAACGUGGAGACGGCAGCGGGUUUUACAUUCGCUUCCUUCGUCGGUGUCGUCGUCUUCCUCUUCCUUACCCUACCAAGCAAGCGAAGCAGGGGAGAGAGAGAGAGAGAGGGAUCGAAAUUGGCAGCUAGCAAGGAAGGCACAAACGCGAACCUGCUGAGGUCUCCGAUGUCGGUGAAGGCUGUGGGAGCAAACAAGAAUAGAAUAGGCGUUAUUUAACUGCCAGUCUGACUUUUUUCGCGUAAUACCAAGGGCCUGAAUGAUGGACGUCGAUCCCCGACACUACGAAAGCAUUGUUCUCAAUGACAAUGACAUACACAACAUUGUCCUCUCAUAUCUUGUGCACAAUUGCUACAAAGAGACUGUGGAGUCUUUUAUUGCUUGUACUGGGAUGAAGCAGCCAGCUAAUCAUCUUGAGGACAUGGAGAAAAGAAAACGAAUUUUUCAUUUUGCAUUAGAUGGAAAUGCAAUGAAGGCAAUUGAACUGACAGAACAACUUGCACCUGACUUACUAGAUAAAGACAAGGACUUGCAUUUUGAUCUUUUGAGCCUUCAUUUUGUUGAGCUUAUCUCCUCUAGGAAAUGCACAGAAGCUUUGGAAUUUGCUCAGACUAAGUUGACACCCUUUGGAAAGGUGCAAAAAUAUGUUGAGAAGCUCCAAGACGUUAUGGCUUUGGUAGCUUUUGAGGAACCAGAAAAGUCUCCAAUGUUUCAUCUUCUGAGUUUGGACUACCGACAACGUGUUGCUGAUAGUUUGAAUAGAGCAAUUCUUGGGAAUGCUAACCUGCCGAGCUAUUCAGUUAUGGAGAGGCUGAUACAGCAGAUGACAACGGUUAGACAAUGCUUAAAUCAAGAUCUUGGCAAGGUAGACUGAUGAUGGAUUCCUACCAUUUUCUUUAAAGGAUUUCUUGAAGAGCUAAAUCGAAUGACCCUUAGGAGGAGGUCUUAUUUCUCAAUGCGUUAUCGGCUUUGCGGUGAUAUCAAAUACUUAGUUUUCACUCGAUCAUGUUGUGAUUAUGGUUUUGGCAUGCAACUUGGUCAUGGCAUGGCUUGCACUCGUAUGAAUGUUCAUCACAGAAGACUCAUCGCAGGCACCUGGGUAUUGGCUUUUACCUGAAGUACACCUUCCCCGUCUCUGGUUGUCCUCAAGGGGCCAACAACUGGCCUUAACUAAUGUUUAGUCGGUAUUUAUCUUAGUUUGAUCGAUGGAUCAAACAAAUUGUUUGUAAAUGGUUGUGUAUUAUGGAGUUUCGAUAAAUUGAUGAUCAUGUAAUACCAUUAAGGCUUCAAUCCUUGCCAAAAUGUGUGAA